GAAGUCCCGCCCCCUUCCUCCGCCUGAGUCCCGUGUGUCAGCCUGCUUCCCUCGUGGCCGACCCGCCGACAUGGCGCACUACAACUUCAAGAAGAUCACGGUGGUGCCGUCCGCCAAGGACUUUAUUGACCUGACAUUAUCGAAGACGCAACGGAAGACUCCAACGGUCAUUCAUAAACAUUACCAAAUUCAUCGCAUUAGACAUUUUUACAUGAGAAAAGUCAAAUUUACUCAGCAGAAUUACCAUGACAGACUCUCACAGAUUUUAACGGACUUCCCCAAAUUGGAUGAUAUCCAUCCAUUUUAUGCUGAUUUGAUGAACAUUCUCUAUGAUAAAGAUCAUUACAAGUUGGCUCUGGGACAAAUAAAUAUUGCCAAGAAUUUAGUGGACAAUGUUGCUAAAGAUUAUGUGCGGCUUAUGAAAUAUGGAGACUCCCUCUACCGUUGCAAGCAGCUGAAGCGUGCCGCCCUGGGGCGAAUGUGCACCAUUAUCAAAAGACAGAAACAGAGUUUGGAGUAUUUGGAACAAGUGCGUCAGCACCUGUCCCGUCUGCCAACUAUUGAUCCAAACACGAGGACCCUGCUUCUAUGUGGGUACCCGAAUGUCGGCAAGUCCAGCUUCAUCAAUAAGGUGACAAGAGCAGAUGUGGAUGUCCAGCCUUAUGCAUUUACCACCAAAUCUCUGUUUGUUGGACACAUGGAUUAUAAGUAUCUGCGCUGGCAGGUUGUAGAUACCCCGGGGAUUUUGGACCACCCUUUGGAGGAUCGGAACACAAUUGAAAUGCAGGCCAUCACGGCCCUGGCCCAUCUGCGUGCUGCGGUGCUGUAUGUGAUGGACUUGUCUGAGCAGUGUGGGCACGGGCUGCAGGCGCAGCUGGAGCUCUUCCAGAACAUCAGACCUCUCUUUGUCAACAAGCCUCUUAUAGUUGUAGCAAACAAAUGUGAUGUGAAGAGGAUAGCUGAGCUUCCAGAAGAGGACCAGAAAAUAUUUACAGAUUUGCAGGCUGAAGGAUUUCCUGUGAUAGAGACCAGCACCCUGACGGAGGAAGGGGUUAUCAAAGUGAAAACAGAGGCUUGUGACAGGCUCUUGGCUCAUCGAGUUGAAACCAAAAUGAAAGGAAAUAAAGUCAAUGAGGUGCUGAACAGAUUGCAUUUGGCUAUGCCAAACAAAAGAGAUGAUAAGGAGAGACCCCCUUUCAUCCCAGAAGGAGUGGUGGCACGCAGGAAGAGAAUGGAGAUUGAGGAGGCUCGAAGGAAGAGGGAACGAGAUAUUGAACUGGAACUGGGAGAUGAUUAUAUUUUGGAUCUUCAAAAGUAUUGGGACAUAAUGAAUUCAUCUGAAAAGUAUGAUAAGAUACCUGAAAUCUGGGAAGGCCAUAAUGUAGCUGAUUACAUUGAUCCUGACAUCAUGCAGAAAUUGGAAGAAUUAGAAAAAGAAGAAGAGCUAAGAACAGCUGCUGGAGAGUAUGACAGUGAAUCAGAAAGUGAAGAUGAAGAAAUGGUGGAAAUCCGACAGCUGGCAAAAGAAAUCAGAGAAAAAAGGAAGUUGAAAAUUCUGCAAUCCAAAGAAAAGGACACACAGGGACCCAGAAUGCCACGAACUGCUAAGAAGAUUCAGCGGAAAGUCUUGGAGAAUGAGAUGCGCAGUCUUGGUGUUGACAUGGAUGAUAAUGACAAUGCCCAUUAUGCAGCCCAAGCCAGAAGGUCUCGGAGUGUCACUAGGAAAAGGAAGCGGGAAGACUCUGUCCCGCCCACAUCUCUUGCCCGGAGUCGCAGUUGCUCUCGAACUCCACGUGAUGUGUCUGGUCUUCGGGAUGUCAAGAUGGUGAAGAAAGCCAAGACUAUGAUGAAGAAUUCUCAGAAGAAGAUGAAUCGCUUGGGGAAGAAAGGGGAGGCAGACAGGCAUGUGUUUGAUAUGAAGCCCAAGCACUUACUCUCUGGGAAGAGGAAAGCUGGUAAAAAGGACAGGAGAUAGUGUCCUUCUCAGCUGAAGCAGUUUGGCGGGACUGUUGUUUGUUUCUGGUUUGAUACGGUAUGGUUUCACAGAAUUGGAGUCAUGAUCUGUAAACUGGAAAUAACAAUGAAAUAACUAAAGCACCUGUUUUCCUCAAAAUUAUGGUUAACCCUUAACAAUACAGGUGUGAGAAAUUUUUAUCACUGCCUAAUAUUGCGAAUACUUUGAGUAGACUGGUUUCUGCUUUUAAUGGACUUUUGAUUGCAUCAGAUUUGCAGAACUGGGAAGAUUUAUUGGUGUGACUGUUGUUUUGGAUGAAGAAAAGUCUUAUUCUCUUCAGCAAGAUGGAACUUUGGUUUGGUUCCCUGCAUAUAAAUAGUCCUUCCUUGCUAAGAAAACCUCUCCACUUGUGGCCAUGGGCAGAAGGCUGCCAGUCCUGCUUUGCAGAUACAGGUUGAGGGUUUGUCAGAUGCCAGCACUAAAUUAUUUUCUAGUCUUUUUGUACAAUGUACCAUUGUAAUCUGUCUUCAUUAUUUUAUCCAAAAUAAACUUCUUUUAGUUUUGA